AUGCGAAGAGAGUUAUUUGUGAAGAUCGUUGAUGCGUUGAGCAACUUCUCCCCCUACUUCACGUUGAGGCAAGAUGCAACUAUCCGACAAUUGGCAUAUGCAUCUCCCAGUGACUCACUCGAUGAUUACAUGCGGAUGGGUGAGAGUACUGCGUUAGAAUGUCUACAUGAAUUUUGCAGGAACGUGAUUGCCGUUUAUGGUGAUCGUUAUUUGAGGACUCCAAAUGCAGUAGAUACCCAAUGCUUGUUACAAAUGCAUGAAGAAAGACAUGGCUUUCCGGGCAUGUUGGGGAGCCACGGUUGUAUGCAUUGGGAAUGGAUAAAUUGUCCAGUUGCUUACAAAGGGUACUAUACACGCGACGAUCACUGUGUUCCUACAAUAGUUCUUGAAGCGGUGGCAUCAACAGAUUUGUGGAUAUGA